AUGGAAACUACAAACAUUCUUCACCGUGGGGCACAACCCUCCCCCCUCCUCCGCACUUCAGACCUAACUCUUAUAAACCUCGAAACCUCCGCAACAACUUUCCCCGAACCAUGGCCAGAUAAAGCAUUCAAUUACCGCAUGCACCCCGCGAACCUAGCGCCGAUAUUGCAGGCUGCGGGUGUCGAUUACGUGGGCCUGGCUAAUAACCACACCCUUGAUUUUGGGACCGAAGGGCUGGUUGAGACAGUUAGGUGUGCGAAGGAUGCGGGGGUUGGGUUUGCGGGCGCUGGCGAGACGAGUAGUGAGGCUCGUAGGCCUGCUAUUCUACGGUUGGGGGGCAGUGGGUAUAAGGUGGAGAUAUACGCGGCGAGUGAUCAUCCACAAGAAUGGAAUGUUGUUCCUGGAUUUCAUUUGAUUGAUUAUACACCUGGGACGAGAGAGAAGUUGAGAGCUUUGUUAUCUGGCGGUGCAAGGGAACCAGUUGGCGUGAAAGGAGUUGAGACUGACAGUGAUAUACACCAAAGCACCGCGUCCACACAGUCAGCGCUGAAGAUAUUCUCGGUUCACUGGGGCCCGAAUUACUCAUGGCACCCAGCAGAUAAAGUCAGAUCCCUUGCACAUUUCCUAAUUGAUGAAUGCGAAGUCGAUAUCGUGCAAGGCCAUUCGUCACACCAUUUGCAGGGUGUGGAGAUAUAUCAUGGGAAAGUUAUUAUCUACGGAUGUGGUGAUUUCGUGGAUGAUUAUGCUGUCCAUGCAGAUUAUCGGAAUGAUCUUGGGGCUGUGUGGAGGGUUCUUGUUAGGGAGGGGGAUAUGAAGCGUGGUAGGAAUGGGCUGGUGCUGGACCGGCUGGAGAUUUUUCCUACGAGGAUUGAGAGGUUUAGGGCUAUGUUGCUUGGGGCUGGUGAUAGGGAUCACGAUUGGGCGAGGCGGAAGAUUGAGGCUCUUAGUUUGAAUCUGGGGACGAUGGUACGCAAUGAAAUUGGUAAGGAUGGUCAAAUUAUUAUAGAUGUCAGUAAGUGA